AUGGACGAAGCUUGGAACUCAGCGGUUGUGUAUUUUGCAGAUAGAGAGGACAAGGAACAGAUCCGGCCAUUUCGAAUACGGGGUCUCGACAACUGCAAAACCCUUUCGGUGCCUAGCUGCCAUGCCACACGGAGACAUGAGGGCUGGGAUACUGCCAGGUCGCCCAAGCCUAGACAGGGGAAGUCGAGAGGCAGAGGUCGGAUUCGGGCGUUCCGGUCAGUAAAUUUGCGCUCUAACCACUUGGUUCAUCUUGCCUCGGAUGAGUCGACAAAGCAUCUAGCUUCGUGGCAACCUAAUGAACCGUGA